GAAACUGGAGUUAUUUUGGAAUGAUUUGACAAGAUAGAGUAAAUCCAAGGCCACAGUAGUUCUAUAAAACCCCUCACUCAAUGCAGCUAGAGCAGUGUGAAAUCAUGGCUCUCCUGUGGAUUCUCUCUUGCCUCGCCUUUAUUGGCGCAACAUACGGUUGUGGUGUUCCCGCCAUUUCUCCUGUCGUUACUGGAUAUGCCAGGAUUGUGAACGGUGAGGAGGCCGUGCCACACUCAUGGCCCUGGCAAGUGUCUCUGCAGGACAGUACCGGCUUCCACUUCUGUGGUGGUUCUCUUGUUAAUGAGUACUGGGUCGUGACCGCUGCUCACUGCAAUGUCAGAACCUCACACGUUGUGGUCCUUGGAGAACAUGAUCGCUCCUCUAAUGCAGAGAACGUUCAGGUCAUGAAAAUUGCAAAGUCUAUCAGACACCCCAAAUACAAUUCAUACACCAUCAACAAUGAUGUUGCUGUGAUCAAACUGGCCACUCCUGCCCAGCUCAGCCCCCGUGUCUCUCCUGUGUGUUUGGCCGAAACCAGCGACAACUUCGCUGGUGGCUUGAAGUGUGUCACAAGUGGAUGGGGCUUGACCAGAUACAACGCUGCCAACACUCCUGCUCGUCUGCAGCAGGCCGCUCUGCCACUGCUGACUAACACCAACUGCCAGAGUUACUGGGGCAGUAAAAUUACUAACCUGAUGAUCUGCGCUGGAGCCUCUGGUGCUUCCUCCUGCAUGGGUGACUCUGGUGGUCCCUUGGUGUGCCAGAAAUCUGGAGCUUGGACCUUGGUUGGUAUUGUCUCCUGGGGCAGUGGCACCUGCAGUACAUCCAUGCCUGGAGUGUAUGCUCGCGUCACUAGCCUUCGCUCCUGGAUUGACCAGACCAUCGCUACCAACUAAAGCCUUUACGGCCAUGCUGUUCUGACUGCAUUCUCUCUUUCUUCCUUAUAAAUAAAGAAGAGAUUGUUACAAUGCA